AUGGGGUCACCCACCGGGCCAUGGAACAUCCCGGAAGCAACCUACAACGAAGUCCUAGACUCACCCAGCGCCGUGGGUAGAUACACCCUUGAAGCUCCCGAUAUCUCAGUCCGGUAUCCCUCUCCAGACCAGUUCGCCAAUUGGACCCUCGCUGUCUCCGUCGCCUCCGACUUCCCCCUCCCUUGGAGCAACACGAAUGAGGCAGAACAAGACACCACUUCAAACCGGACCUUUACAGCCACCCGGGUGCGCUUGACGCCUCCUGCAGGCAUCGAUGUGGACAGCAGCUGGGAGGUUUGCGUGCUGAAUUGGGACGUCAACCUUGAGACCUACCCAACUCAGCUUCGCAUCGACGAUGGGACUUGCACCAGUUUUCUGAGCGAACAGUGCAUCCGUGACGUGGAACAGUCCGUCCUGGUUGGGCGAUGCAGCUGCCCAAAUUUGCGGGAGAUUGAGUCCUGCGGGGACGGACAAGCUGAUCUGAUGGAUUCCAUCGGCCCGGGUUGUUUCGCGAAGCCCUUCAACAAAACCACCAUUGAAGAAUGGCCCGCUCAAGGGUACAACGUCCGCGAAUUCGGCGGUGUCCCACAUCCCCACUCUCAGGGCACGUUCAACAACACCGCGUACGAUGAGGUCGGUAGCCUAGCGUGGCCGGUCCUUCUCCGCUGGGGUCCGUCGCUUACAGUCAAUGUUGCCACGUCAAGCUCCGGCGGUGGGAGCCGGACUAAGUUGACUUGUGCGCGGGCGAAUCACGCGGUUGGUGGGAAUAGUGUACCUGGGGUUCCCGGUGGUGAUAGUGGCGCCAUGAGCGUGAUGGGGUCGAGCGGGUUCGUGCUGGCGGUAGCGGUUGUUGUGGGGUGGGUUGUCGGUUGGUCAUGA